UAUUUGCCAACUCAUGUUUUAACGAAUUUAACGAUUUGCGCAUGUGUCAUGCAAUAGAAAAGGUCAAAGUUUAUAUGCAAAUGUAUAUAAGGCUGAAUAUUCUCUUGGAACGCUAUCACUUCUCUGAUUUUCAAGAUGAAGCAAGCACUGCUGUUUACGUUAUUGUUUGCUUUUCUCAUUCAAAUAAAUGGAUUGUCCAUAUUCACGGACAGCAGUGGCAACAGUUCAUCUCUAUUGGACAUCAAUGAUCCGGAAUCCAAAAAUACAGACGUGUUCCGACAGUUACUGAACCAAGAAACAAUCAUCAGAAUGUCACUGGUGAAGAACGUACACGCCUUAAUGAAGGAUAUGCUGGAUCUGAAAAAAAGUAUGGCGACAAUGGAAACAUCCCAACAGAAAACAGAUGUAGAAGUGGCCACCUUAAAACAGGAGGUUGAUAAACUGAAAAGAGAAAACCAAAGACUUGAGCUUGAAAAUAGGCGCUAUGAAGAAACUUUCAGAGCUGUUACAGAAAAUUUCACCAAAGUCGACGAACACAUUCAACAGGUAAUGGAAGAGUUGGAGGAGAAAAGAGAACGUUUUGAGACAAACACAAGUGCAGUCCUGGCGGAUCUUAAAGUAGAAGUUCGGUACCUGUCAGUGACCCUUCUGGACUUAAAUAAACACACUUUGGAAAUUGACAAGAAAUUUCCUGAAAUGAUGCAAGAAAAAUUUAAACAAUUAUCUUUGAGAUUGAACACUUCUGUGGAGAACCUGAACAAUGAUAUAAUAACAACAAAUAAAACAAUGCUCCAAUCGGUGUCUGACCUCGAAAACUCACAAAAUAUGAUACAAAAUUCCAUAUCUGUGAACAUCAGUAAAACAUUAGAUGACAUGAUGGCGGAGGUGAAACAAUCUAAGUAUGAUCAACUGCAGCUGUCUUCUUCUGUGUCCUCUCUCGAGGUGUUCCGAAUGAAUUUGACGAAUAACCUAUUAGAUAAACCAAAGAAGGUAGCUUUCUCCGCUUCAGUGAGGUCAUCCAGCUCAUCAUGGAACAGUGGAGCACUGGUUUUUUCUUCUGUCAUCACAAAUGAAGGAAAUGGAUACAAUCCCAGUAACGGGAUAUUUACUGCUCCUAUCGGAGGAAUGUUCGUCUUCUUUGUGAAUGUUCAAACCUACGGUUCAAAAGAUAUUUAUGUAGACAUUGUGUUGAAUGGAUCAAGAAAAGUCAGAACAAUGGCCUAUGGUUCAAGUGGUAGUUACAGUGCAGGUCCAAAUAUGGUGGUGCUGACUUUGCAGAGGAGAGACGCAGUGUGGGUCAAACAUUACCAUGGUUCAGGCUAUUACUACGAUGGUCCUAUUACCACCUUCUCCGGCUUUCUUAUAGACAUGUAAUUAAAUCUGAAAAAGGUGCAUACUAUGAACAUUACAUAUCUAUGUUCCUUUACAAAAUUAAUAAUCUAUGUCGCAGAUCUAUGAAAAUAGCCGACAAUUAAGAAGAAACUUAACAUUGAUAACCUACACGAUUCGUUUGACAAUUACUAGUAAUUUUGCUUUUAACUGUUUAAUAUGGAAAGUAAAAUAUUUACAGGGUAGAUGUAUAGGGAGAAGUAAUGAAAAUAUAUAAAAUUUAAUUGUAUGUUAUCUGUAGAAUGGAUUGGGUAAAACUGAUCAGUUCAUGGAUUCUAUUUUAAAAUGCUAGGAAAAAUAUAAACAAUUGUAAUCUUCUAAUUGAUACAAAUACGUAUUUUUAUCAAUUUAAGACUAGCAUAAACAUUUUAAACAACUUUUUUAAUUGUAAAUCCUACCACCAAUUUUCUGUUGUGGGACAAACUUUUUACACAUAUUUUGAAGUUGAUCUUUUUUAUGAUUCUGUUUGAAUACUUUUAUCAGCGACAUUGUUUGCUUUAUGUAUUGUCGUAAUUUUUUUUCUUUUGCUUGUAAUUUCUAAUAAAAGUAUGUAAUUAUUAACUUUCUAAAUUUCUGUUGUUUGAAGCUGAAGUGAUAUGCAUUGUAAAUACCAAACUGUAAAACUAUUUGUGACUUUUAUAUGAUUUGGUCGACAAUUAGCUCUAGAGAGCUAAAAUUAUUAUAUUUUUUCUUUCAAUAAAGAUUUUUAAGUUCUU